AUGCAUUCUGGGGGUGCCCGUGUCUCACCGGCACUCCCCUUCUCCCCCGCCCCCACAGGGGUCAAGACCGGUCCCGUGCAGGCGCCCGAGCUGGUGCAGGGCUUCCUGGGUGACACCGUGAUGCUGCCUUGCUCCCAGCCUCUGGAGGCGGACACGCAUCUCACCCAGGUGACCUGGAUGCAGCAUGAGCCCGAAGGGGGUGUCCUCAACAUUGCUGUAUUGCACUCUUCCCGGGGUACCAGCGUGUCAGACCCUGAACGGGUGAAGUUCGUGGCCUCCAAGCCCGGUGUGGAAGUGUGGAACGCAUCACUGCUGGUGUCUGAGCUGCGCGCCGCGGACGAAGCCAACUACACCUGCCAAUUUGCCACGUUCCCUCAGGGCAGCAAAAGCGCGCGCAUCCGGCUGCGGGUGCUGGCCAAGCCCCAGAACAAAAUUGAGGCCCUGGAAACGCCGCCCAGCCUGCCCCCCGGAGAACCUGUGCGUGUGGCUUGCUGCAUGUCCCAGGGGGGCCGCCCGCCCAGCCAGAUCAACUGGACCUCCCCCCUGAAUGCCACCACAGUCCACGAGAGCCAGAUGCCAGGACUACAGCCGGGCACGACCAACGUCACCAGCUACCUUAUGCUGGUGCCCUCAAGCCAGGCGGACGGUCAGAACGUUACAUGCAUAGUGCAGAGUGAAAGCUUCGAGAAGCCUGUCCGGCUGACCAAGACCCUGACCGUGCACUACCCUCCGGAGGUCUCCAUCUCUGGCUAUGAUGACAACUGGUACUCCGGCCGACGUAAUGUCACCCUCAGGUGUGACGUCCGCAGCAACCCUGCGCCCACGGGCUAUGAGUGGAGCACGACCACAGGGCCCUUGCCACCCUCCACUGUGGCCCAGGGCCCCUUGCUUACGAUCUUGGAAGUGAAUGAGACCAUUAACCAGACGCUUGUCUGCCAAGCCACCAAUUCCCUAGGAACUGGCCGCGGCGAGCUGACCCCGCAGCUGCGAGCGACCCCAUCUAAGGACCAGCCCAGUGGCAUCGACAGCACCACCCUCAUCAGCAUCAUCGUCCCUAUCGUCAGCUUCAUCUUGAUAAUCGGGGGCGGCCUGGCCGCGUUUUACAGGAAACGCAGAUCUUCCCGUGCACACCCAGCCCCGCAAAGAAGUGGCGCGAGCUGGCCGCCCAAGCCCCACAUCUCAGAGGGCCAGGGCGGGGUCUGGUGCAUCGGGUAA